UGUAGCCAUCCCAAACUAUUUGCAGACCACCCUUUUCUCUCUGAUCUGUAUCCCACCCCCUCAACCAUGGGUGCUUCCAUAGAACUAACCCCGUCUAAGCAUUUAACAGUUAUUCUAAUUACCCUUUUACUUUUUUUUUUCUUUUUUUUUUGAGGCAGUCUCACUCUGCCUCAAGUGUUCACCACUCAAUCCUUAGCACCCAGCACGAUCCCUGGCCCUCGUUCAGCGCUUAAUAAAUGCAUGUUCAUAGAAUGUGCAGCAUCCUGAACAGGCGAACAGCAGUGGGUUCCAACUUUCAAGGAACUUAAAAAAGGAACCCGGCAUAUAAACAACAGAUUAAUCUACAAGGAAGAAUGGCGGGGCGGGUGCGGGAAGCACUAAAAAGCAGCAAAUACUCUGCAGCAGAACCAAAGAGAAAAUUCCACCUACAGGUGCCCUUUCUUCAGGAACCUUCCUAAUGUGAAUACAGGUUCCCUUCUCCUCCAUGACGAAAUUCUUAGUGCGGUUACUUGUUGGUACGCAGUGUCCUCAUCUGUAAAAUAAGACUAAUGACGAUUUCACCGGAUUAUAAUGAAUACAGUUAAGUAUUGAACUAAGGCAUAGAAAGCACGUAGCUCAGUGCACGCUUCCUAGAAAGUGCUCAGUAAACUCCGAUCCUCUAAAACGCUCCGUUUGAUGUUAAUGGAGUCCGUAUCCGAGCGGGUCUCCAGUGUGCAUCGCCAAGGCUAUGGCCCAGCAUGCAACGUAUCCUUUUAGUAAGAGCAGCGACUUCUCAGCUCUCCCUUCGCCACAGGAGAGUUCUCGGCUCGCGGCGUCGCAGCGGGACUGAGCGCUGGGCUGAACUCCCGAGAAACCUCCUGCAGCUGCACCGGAGCAGACGCCGGACAGGUGAAAGAACUACAACUCCCGUCAGAUUGCACCUGAACUUAGGGCCUCUUUAUAUUUUAUCACACCCAGCCUCCUCCGCGCAGCCCUCAGUGGCUCCGCCCCAAGGAGGGGAUCUCUUCUUUCCUUGUGGAGUCCGAAGCGUGGCCACGCCCCGGUCACCGGAAAAAUCCGUGUGACGUCACAAAAACCUACGCGUCGCGCGGUGGGCGGGAGUUGGCGGACGGUCCCUGGCUGCGUUCUGGAGGCCCUGGGACAGCGGAAGAGGCUUCAGACGCUGCAGCGAUGCCUCGCCCACGGCGGGUCAGUCAGCUCCUGGAUCUACUUUCUGAAAAAUAAUCUGACAACGUAUCCUAGAAAUAGUGGUAAUGCUUGUCAGCAUGCAAGUCACUAAAUAGAUCAUCUGUACCGUGAAGUAUGAUGUGGCCAUUAAAGGAGAAUCAGUACUGUGUUUGAUACCUUGAAGGGAUUUCAUAAGAUACUGAAUGAAAGACGGUGUAGAAAAAUGCCUUUGGUGCUUCAUGAAGAAUAUUUCCAGAUAUCUCACAGACAUUAAGCCUUUGCCUCCCAACAUAAAAGACAGACUGAUUAAAAUAAUGAGCAUGCAGGGACGGAUAACAGAUUCAAAUAUAAGUGAGAUUUUACAUCCUGAAGUCCAAACUCUAGACCUACGGAGCUGCGAUAUAUCAGAUGCUGCUCUCCUGCACUUGUCUAACUGUAGAAAACUGAAGAAAUUAAAUUUAAAUUCUUCAAAAGGGAACCGAGUUUCUGUAACUUCAGAAGGAAUAAAAGCUGUGGCUUCAUCUUGUUCAUACCUACAUGAAGCUUCUUUGAAAAGAUGCUGCAAUCUCACUGAUGAAGGAGUCGUUGCUCUUGCACUCAAUUGCCAGCUGCUAAAGAUCAUCGAUUUAGGUGGCUGCUUAAGUAUUACUGAUGUGUCCUUACAUGCAUUAGGAAAAAACUGCCCAUUUUUGCAGUGUGUUGACUUUUCAGCUACUCAGGUAUCUGACAGUGGUGUGAUUGCACUUGUUAGUGGACCUUGUGCCAAGAAAUUAGAGGAGAUUCAUAUGGGACACUGUGUAAAUCUGACUGAUGGGGCUGUAGAAGCUGUCCUUACUUACUGUCCUCAGAUACGUAUAUUACUCUUCCAUGGAUGCCCCUUGAUAACAGAUCAUUCACGAGAAGUGUUGGAGCAAUUAGUAGGCCCAAACAAACUAAAGCAAGUGACAUGGACUGUUUAUUGAUGCUUUUUUGAAGAUGAUCAAUACUAGGAAAGCUUAUCAAAACUACUUUCCCAGGAAACCAUCUAUAGAGAUUUGCAUUCUAUUUAAUGUUAACACUACUUUUAAUUAUUUUAUUGUCUUAAGUUAUAACUCUCAGAGAAUUAGCUGAGUCUUGGUAUAUACAUGUUUGUGCUUUACUCUUAAACAUCUUAAUAGUGCUAUUAUUCUAUAUCUGUUGGAUGAGUCAUUAUUUUUGAAAUGAUAAUCCUAGCAUGAACUCUGAUCUAUGGUGUUGGAUUUUGUUUUUAAAAUAACUUUAAAAUUAACUGUUUUCCCUUGAGAUUUCCUUCUCCUAUGUAGGUAUUUGAGUUAUUGUUGUAAGCUUACCUGUAAGUAUAAACCUUGGGAGAAUCUAAGUCAACAUAUUUCUAAAAGCAUAGUUACCUUCCUAUUUUCUGGCUCUUACCUUCCUGGAGUAUUUAAAUACCCAUUUGCCAAAAGCAGACCUGAACAUCAAGCCUGUUAAUUCUUAAAAGGAUUUAGGUAUUUGUUUCACUGAAAUGAAGUGACUUAUUAGCCAUUCAGCGUUAUUAGUAUUACAGAGGCUCUUGCCCAGCCUCUUAGUUCAUUGAAUUUUAUGGCUACUCUUCCCAAUUACAUUUUAUUCAUCUGUAAGCUUUCCUUCCUUAGCAAAAUUGCAUUCAAAAAUGUGUAAAAAUGAGUAAAUACAGAAUAUCACUACAGAGAUUUGUAUCCUCAGGUUCUACUGAUUUCACAUUGUGAAAUAAACAGCAAAGGUCUUAGUUUUCAAGUGAAAACUUUUUGGUAAUCACAAAAUUACCUGACACAUACCAUGCUUAAACCAACCCCCAAAUUUAGCAUAUUCAUUUUGUCAUGAGCCUGUCUUGUUGAGAUUUUCUUAAAAGAUUUCUUAUUUUGCCUCUGAUGUAGUGAAAAACGGGGUAAGUAUGCUAACUUUCUUGUGUAUGUUGGGGGGUACUUAUUCAACUCCAUUUCUUGUCCUUACUAUUGCUUUAUAAAUGUGGUAUGUUUAUAGUGUGGCUAUAUAUGUUGCCACUGCAAAGGUGGCACAUAUGUAUAUAUGUGCAAAAAGGGUAAGGCCUGUUCUAUCUAUGAAAUUUUUCUAAAGACGAAUUCAAUAAAAUUUAAUACUGAAUAUUUAA